CCCCGCAUGGCGGCCAGCUGGGCUGGGGGGCCGGGGGUGCCCCGCGGCAGCUGAUCGCGGUUAACCGAGGGCGAGCCAGAAAGGGGCGAGGGUGGCGCUGCCUGUCCCGCCCUCAGCGAGUGCCGCUUCCUCCCCGGUGCCUGGGCCCGGGCGCCGCGCCGCGCCGCCGAUGGAGCUGGAGGCGCAGUGGUGGACAGGACAGCUGGCGGCCGAUAUCCACCAAGCGCUUCGAUACAAGGAGCUAAAGCUGCCCUCUUACAAAGGCCAGUCUCCCCAGUUACACCUGAGAAGAUACUUUGCAGACCUGAUUGCCAUUGUGAGCAACCGGUUCAGGCUCUGUCCUGCUGCGCGCCACCUGGCUGUGUACCUGCUGGACCUCUUCAUGGACCGCUAUGACAUAUCCACACAGCAACUGCACGUGGUUGCUCUGUCCUGUUUACUUUUAGCAAGUAAAUUUGAAGAAAAGGAAGACAGUGUUCCCAAACUUGAACAGUUGAACAGCCUGGGUUGUAUGACUAACAUGAAUUUGGUACUAACAAAACAGAAUUUGCUUCAUAUGGAGUUGUUGUUGCUAGAAACAUUUCAGUGGAAUUUGUGCCUCCCUACUGCUGCUCAUUUCAUCGACUAUUAUCUUUCUAUUGCUGUCCAUGAGACUGAUCUUCAUGAUGGCUGGCCAAUGGUUUGCUUAGAGAAGACUAAGUUAUAUAUGGCAAAAUAUGCUGAUUACUUUCUGGAAGUAUCGUUGCAAGAUCAUGAAUUUUUAAAUUAUGCCCCUUCUUUAGUUGCUACUGCAUGUGUAGCUUCUUCAAGGAUUAUCUUGCGUCUCUCACCCACGUGGCCUACGCGGCUGCAUCACCUGACUGCCUACUCCUGGGACUUCCUGGUGCCGUGUAUUGAGCGACUCUUAAUUGCGCACGAUAACGACGUGAAGGAAGCAAACAAGCAGAAAGGACAACAGGCUCAGUCUGCCCAGCACGCUGUGUUUCAGCCCCCAGCUCCAAGUGCCCAGCAGGCCAAUGCUCAGCAGCACGUACCACAGUACCUGCAGGCUCAUCAGUCUUCACUGCAGUACCACCACCCAGCAUCACAGCAGCAAAGCUGCCAGCAGAUAUUAUCAUCCACUCACACAGCCUCUUACCCGCUCCAGACUUGCCCUGCUGCCUUACAGACCGGUGCUCAGGCUCGAGGCCACGUCCAGACGGGCGCUGCCAUGUCGCUGGCUGUGCCACUGGAAGUGAAGCCAUGUAUAAGUGUCUCCUACAACCGGACAUACCAAGUGAAUGGACGAUACUCCUGUAUUACUCCCUGCUUUGAGAGGUGAUAAGUACAAAAUGGUUUUGUGCUUGUUUGUUUGGGGCAGAGAGUUGCCUGGAAAAUGGUUUCUUUUUUUUUUUUUUUUUUAAACCUCAAAGUUUGAGGGCAAAAAAUGGAAUAAAAAAAGGUGUCUUCCCAGGAAUAAAAGCAACUGGAUUGGCAACUGGUACCACAGCUCAAAUAACAGCCUGCAAAAAGUUAGCACACAGACCAUCCUCUGAAAAAGAAUCUGUAUGCAUGGGGAUAAUGCAUUCUUACUCUGACACUCAGAAUAUUCUGCUUCUAAUGUGUGUCUGUGAAAUAGUACUCAAAAGAAAAACAGCUGUGGACUAACUACAGACUUGUCUUUUAAUGAAGGAGAUAUGCAGUAUUACUUUGAAGACAUUUAUGUCAUCCCACCGUACAGUAUUAACACUUACUUUAUACUUACUGAGACUUAAGAAUCCACUGAAUGCCAGACUUCUACAGGUACAUGGAAAUCGCAAGAAGAAACAAAUCUCAUGUGGCUAACUCCAUAAUCUUGCCCCUUUUUCACCACUUGUGUUGGUUAUUUGCUUUAGGCUAACGCAUGUGAAUUAACUGGUAUUUUGGCUAGUUUUUAGGUUUUGUACCUUACAGGACAGCCAAUAUAUUUUUGCCUCUUUUAUCCUCCCUAUCUUUUUUGUGUUUAAAGUAACUCUUUCAUACUAACUCAGGGACUUUUCUACUCAUUACUCUGUGCUGCUGGUUUGUACACUAACUGGGUAUAACUCGGGGAAGGAAGGCAGAGAUGGAAGAGACUAAUAGCAAGUGGAGUGGCUUUUCUUCAGGGCAUCUAUGCAGAGUACCAAAGGGAUAUCUUAGUGUUCACAGAAUGUAGAUGUGAACUACUGCCCAGCAGUGUGAUAAUUGAAGAAAAGAAAAAAUUUCAACUGAACUUGUACUGUACCAGAACUACUACAGGGCUAUGAUUCCUCUGUGUACACACACACAAACACACAAAUAUUAUUAACUAACAGAAAGCAUCCUCCAGUUGUACUGACAGUAUCAUCCCUACAGAAAAAGUACACUUAAAUGCUGACAGAAAUCCAGUUCUGUCAUGUUUAUAGUGGAGGGAAAUUCUCAGGUAAUAAAGGGGCAACUUUUUCUUCUACUAUUUGGGAGUUCCAGAAGAUGUAGAGAUUUGCUCUUCCAAGUGGGUGGAUCAAAAAUAUUUUGAAGGGUGAACUGCUUCAUCACAAGUAAGGUGCUAAUAAUACAACUUUAUGGAAUUACACUAUCUUCUGUAGAGUGGGUAGUCUGAGGGUAGAAAGCUUCACUCAUCCACCUCUUGGAUGAAAAUUAUAGUAGAGCUAUUAAUGGAGAUGGUUUAAGGCAUUGUGUGUUUGUUGGUUUUUUUUUUGUUGUUGUUGUUUUGGGUUGUUGUUUGGUGGGGUUUUUUUUGUUUUGUUUUGUUUUUUUUUUUUUUUUUGGUUGGUUUUUUUGGGUUUUUGUUUGGGUUUUUUGUUUUUCUUUAAAUACAAGAAGAUAUCAGACUUUCUUCUGUGGUAGAAUAUGGGAGGAAGUGGUAUGAAUGACAAGAUUCUUACUACUUUAUAAUAUCUUUAUGGUAUAUGGGCUUAAGGCCUUUUUUUGGUAGUUUCAUUUGUUUUUUUUACCAACUUCUUCCCCAUCUUAAUGGCAGCACUUAAAAUCAUGUACUAUCAAAUGACACUGAAUUAUUGCGACUCUUCCAGAAACUGUUUUGAAAGCAGGGGCAAUUAAAUUACAUGAUCAAUAUGAAGAUGAAAGCUUUAUCACUAUAAUGUUCAGAAUGGAGGGAGGACAGCUGUGUUCAUUCUUUCUGGGGCUAAAUUAUAGCAUGCUACAAAAAAUCUAUUUAUUGUUGAGGAGAAGAAAUCCUGUUUCUCUUGUUUUGUCUUUUAAAUCCCAAUUUUUGUUGUGGGCUUUUGUAGCAUAGAUGUGCAAGUCAAGAAGAAUAGGACGAUGAAGGGAAAAGAUGACCCUCUCCCUUUUACCCUAGAGAAUCAACUUUGAAAUAGGCAUAGAGUGGUCAAUUCCUUAUUAAAAUGAAAGUUGGUUUGGUUUUCUUUUUCCUCUCCUCUCUUCAUCUCUUAAUGAAUAUUUCCCUGUGUCUGAGAGUAGUGUUAAGUAGAGACUUUCCACCUCAUAAGAUGCCAUGCUUUUUACUCAGCACUGUUACCUAUUUUAGAGGAAAAUGGUUUCAUUUUGUUGCAAUGCUGUAUCCAAGUCCAAGUGCUCUAACUACCUCUGAUGCUAUGAAUGUACAGUCUUGUAAUAGACCAUGACUUGAAAUAACAGCAGAUGCCUGUAGCAAUUUUUUUCUGUAAAAUCUUCAAAUCAGCUAAUUUGUCAUCUUUUUUUGUGACACAGCAGUAUAGACUCUUCUUUUUUGGGGGUAUUAGUAAAUUUAUCCCAUAGGCAUUUGAUAUAUAAAAAUUUAACUAAUACUUAACACUGGAAUUAUAAUGGGUGGGGGGCUUAUUCAGUUAGUUAAUACCACGGCUUUACAUUUAAUAGGGUAUUUUUAUUUGACUAUUUUAAGACAUUAGGUCAAUUAUAAAAAGAUCCACUACAUACUGUUUGUUUUUAAUUUAUUACUUAGUCUGAGUUUUUUCUGACACUACAGCUGCAUCAUUACUACAGAGAAAAUGUACACUGAACAGUUUCAAUCUAUAUUAUUUAAAAGGGCUUUAUCAGUGUACAUUAAAAAUACACUGUUCUUACUAUUAGAACCAAAAUGUGUUUUUUAUGGCAUAAAAAAAUGGUGCUUCUAAAUGCAAAAUGUCCAAAACAAUGGAAUCUUUGUGAGUGCUAUGCAUUCAACCUAUUUUUUAAAAUAAAACUAGUUUUGAG